AAGCUGAAUCCUCUCCAUCGUGGUGUUGGUGUAGCAGCAGCAACUACGGGAGGUGAGGUCCAGCAUUGCACACCACCAACGUUACACCGGAGCGGGGACCUCCGCGAGCACGGCCGUGCUGCGACGUGACGUGCCAACGGCGAGGGCGUUUUGUUACCGUUUGAGCGGCGGCGGCGGUGGCGGCGGCAGGCGUGCACUGCAGCUGCAGGCCGGCAUGGGCACCGCCGCAGGCCCCGAAAGCUGGCUGCUUGCCUGUCCGCACUGCCUCCACGUAUGACACGGCGUCCGUCCAAACCGCAAGAAACCAACCACAGCCUCGCCUCUCACUGCCCACCCACUCACACUCUUCUUCCUCAGUGCUCCCAAGUCCCAACCGUUGCCAUCUCUCUCUCUCCAAAGCGGUCCGGCCUCUCCGCACUGCAGUCCCAGUCACCCACCUCACCAUCUCCCGCACUCUGCUCUUGUCCACCUUAAUCGCAACCUCCUCAUUCUCUGCCUGCUCCCCUCCUCUGCUCGACCCAGCUUCCUCUGCUUGCUUCUUGGGUCGGGCUCCCAUGUUCUGCUUCUGCUGAUGCACAACACUACGCCCCAUGCCAACGCCGGCGCCCGCGCCCGCCAUGGCCAGACCCGCCCUCUCGCUGGCAUUGCUCCUCCUUCUCCUCCUCGCCCUCGCUGACGACCCAGCCGUGGCGGUGCGUUUCGACUAUGCGAUGCUCACCCUCGGCAGCCUCAAGCUCCUCGGCGACGCGCACCUCAAGAACGGCACCAUCCGCCUCUCCCGCGACCUCCCCGUCCCCACCUCCGGCGCCGGCCGCGCGCUCUACGCGUCACCCGUCUCGCUCCGCUCCGGAUUCUCCACCCAGUUCGCCUUCACCGUCACCACGCUCAACCCCUCCUCCGUCGGCGGGGGGCUCGCCUUCGUCCUCGCCGCGGAUGACUCCUCCAUCGGCGAUGCCGGCCCCUACAUCGGGAUCUCCACUAAGACCGACGCCGCCGCCGUCGAGUUCGACACGCUCAUGGACGUGCAAUUCGGGGACGUCAACGGGAACCACGUAGGGCUGGAUCUCGGGACCAUGGUGUCCGCCGCCGUCGCCGAUUUAGAUGAGGCCGGAGUCGAGCUCACCAGCGGGAGGACCGUCAACUCGUGGAUCGACUACAAGGGGGGGAUCAUGGAGGUGUUCGUGUCCUACGCGGCGAAGCGGCCGCCGGCGCCUGUGCUGUCCGCGCCAGUGGACCUUGGGGAGAGUGUCAAGGACGCAGCUUUCGUCGGGUUCUCGGCGUCCACGCAGGGGAGCACGGAGGUGCACGCAAUCGAGUGGUGGAGCUUCUCGACCGCAUCCCCGUCGACGGCGCCGCAUCCGGCGCCUACGCCGCCGCCGGAAUCGCCCGUUUCCUCGGCUACUCCCCCUCCGGCGAGCAUCAAUCCGGUGCUUCCUUCGCCGCUGCUCCCGGGAGUGACGCCGUCGCCGCCAUCCGCGACGGUUUCGGCGCCCACUAGCUCGAUCGCCGCGGCGAGCGCUCCGGCGAACGCCGCCGCGGGGAAUGCCGGCUCGCCGCACCCGCCCAAGCACGCGGCCGUGGCCGGCGCCGCGACGGCGGGCGCCUUCGUUGCCGUGUCGUUCGCGGGCUUCGCGUUCUGGGCGCUCGCGCGCCGCACGAGGGCCAAGAAGCACACGGCAUUGGCGGUGGCCAAGAAGCGCGACAGCCUCGCGUCGGCCGCGGCACUCGCGCGGUCGCCGCGGGAGUUCAGCUACAAGGAGCUGAGAGCCGCGACGCGCGGCUUCGACGCGUCCCGCGUCAUCGGCAACGGCGCGUUCGGCACCGUGUUCAAGGGCAUCAUCCCCGACACUGGCGCCAUGGUCGCCGUGAAGCGCUACACAAACGCAAACGCCAACGCCAACGGCGAGCAGGCGCGCUCCGAGUUCCUGUCGGAGCUCUCCAUCAUCGCCGGCCUCCGACACCGCAACCUCCUCCGCCUCCAGGGGUGGUGCUACGAGAAAGGUGAGAUCUUGCUGGUCUACGACUACAUGCGCAACGGCAGCCUCGACCGGGCGGUGUUCGACGCCUCGUCCCCGGUGCUCCCGUGGCACCACCGCUACGAGAUCCUCGCCGGCGUGGCCUCCGCGCUGGCGUACCUCCAUCACGAGUGCGAGCGCCGCGUCAUCCACCGGGACGUCAAGUCCAGCAACGUCAUGCUGGACGAGGCGUACCGCGCGCGGCUCGGCGACUUCGGCCUCGCGCGCCAGGCGGAGCACGGCGAAUCCCCCGACGCGACUGCCGCGGCCGGCACGAUGGGGUACCUGGCGCCGGAGUACCUCCUGACGGGGCGCGCCACCGAGGGCACCGACGUGUUCAGCUUCGGCGCACUGGUGCUGGAGGUGGCGUGCGGGCGGCGGCCCAUCGGCACGGAAGGCCGGUGUAACAACCUGGUGGAGUGGGUGUGGAGUCUGCACGGCGAGGCCAGCGUGCUGGACGCCGUCGACCCAAGGCUGGGCGGCGAGUACGACGAGGGAGAGAUGCGGCGGGCGCUGCUGGUGGGGUUGGCAUGCUCCAGCCCCGAGCCGGCGCUGCGGCCAGGGAUGCGCGCCGUGGUGCAGAUGCUGAGCGGGGAGGCGGACCCGCCGUUCGUGCCGGCGACGCGGCCGUCUAUGAGCUUCCGCGCCAACCACCAGCUGCUGCUGAGCCUGCAGGACAGCGUGUCGGACUACAACGCGCUGGGGCUGAACCUGUCGGACUCGUCGUCGGACUCGCUGAGCUCGUCGUCGCUGACGAGCACGCUGCAGAGAGGCGGGCACGACAUCGGGUUCAGCGGCACCGGCGGCGACACCCAGUGACUGACGCGAGCCGCGGGUGGUUUAAACGAAUUAUUCCGACCAGCUCGUAGCUAGAACUCUUCUUCCUUCUCGAUCUCGAACGCGGAAAACAAAAGACCAUGUAUGUAUGAGUACAUAGAUUAGCAGCAUGGACUCCAAUGUCCAAAUCAACAUUUGUAAUAUUGCUCUUGAUAAUAAUUCAGAAUUCAGAUGAUUCAU